CUCUCUCUGACUGGCAACUUCUCAACUACCACCAACGGAUGGCAAUUUCAGUCUGAUCGAAGCACAUACGACAAAUACUCCUGGUGCCUCCCUGCGAAUAAAUCAACUGGUUCAGAUCUUUGACGUGCUCUUGCAUGCUGCCUGACCCCUUCCUUCCUUCUGCUGUCGUCCCGGUAGCAGGCCGCUCUUUGUUCAGUCAUGGUACGACCGCAGCCGCAGAGAUUCCCUCUUUUCGGCAGCCUUGUAUUCUAACUGUCAGUAGCCCGAUCGUGACGAAAACCCAUGGUCCGAUAUCUCGGCAAGACUACAAAAUCUUAGAAAUCUCCUCAACUCCGAGCGGCAUCUAGGUGCCGACCAUCAACAGGCUUUCGAAGCCAUCGAUCGAGAAAUGGACCAUCAGAUGGCUGCGGAUCGCUCAGCUGCACGGGAGCGACGAAGAAGAGACCUUGAAGCGCAUAUACAGGAACAGGAUGCAUCGUCAGUAUCAGAAAAUCCACCACAAACCAACAAUCCUUCCAGCCUUGUACGAAGCAGGAGGAGAGCGUUUCGACCCAGCGAGCGUCUCCAGAGGUAUCAGAGAGAAAGGCUCGGACAAUCCAGCAGGACUGUUGCAUCCGAAGCCUAUAUUUCUCCAUCCACUGCGUCUCCAUCUACUGUGCAGCCGAACAAUGACCGCGGCGAACGCUUGAGAGCGAAGCGGAGAAAGCUGGACGAUGGGACAUACGAGGACGAGCCUCGGACAUUCAGCUACGGCCACAAUGGACAGGUUAUUACUGGACAGCUUCGAAUGGAGAUCGUCAGUUGUGAUGGUGGCGAAUACUCUGAUCCUCAUGUGCCCAUCAAUUCAUACCCACAGAACGUUCUUGUGGACGAUACCACUGUCUACUGUACCAAGACCAAUCGAUGUAACCUCCUGUUCAAGCAUGUUGGAGGGAUGCCAUUCACGUUGACAAAGAUAGUCGUGAAGGCUCCUCGAGCGGGCUUCGAUGCCCCAAUUCAAGAGGGACUGAUUUUCAUCGCCAUGGACGAAGAUAACCUACUUGACAAGACGUCUCAAUAUGAUGUACGCUGGACUCCAAAGAGCCGUAGGCUACUUCGUCACAGACAAGAUGGCUAUCGACCACCCUAUCGACCAUCUCACGAGUACAUUAAUUCCACAAGGUCUCCGCUGAGAUCUAUCAACAGCUCACGGUACCUCAACAAUCCUACCGAACAGGACGAGGACUCUGAAUCCGACACUGUACUCUUUCCCGGCUUCACCGUUUCGAUUACGGACCCUUCUGAUGAGGAGGACGCUGCACUGGGCCCGCCUUCACCGAGACCAUGGCAAGAUGACGAAUACUCGUUACGGUCAUAUGUCGACCGAUACCGACCUACGUACCUGGAGGACGAUCGCGAUGAUGGCUUAUGGUCGACAUCUGGCGACUCUGAUGAUGGCUGGGACGAUCCCGAACGUGAGAGAUGGCACCGGCAACAACCCGACGAGGAUAGGCUGCAUCACCAAGACCGCAUUGUGAACCUUAUGCGGGCACAGCAAAUUCGUGACAGUGAUGGGCUCCUCGGACGACGCAAUCACCAGGGUGCGUCUCAGAACGAUGACGGCAUUCACCAUCGAACCUCGACACCCAGGAGAAGUGGUAUGCGCACAUCUGCACCGCCUAUCGGCGCCGCUGAGUCAAGCUGCCCAGCGGACGAACGAUCCGGCAGACCUAGAGAAUAUGUUGACGAGACUGUGGCCAAAAGCGGAAGAGGCGAUGCCGGUGCAAGCUCGUCUACAAAGUCAGACACAAUCCUUCCUCAUGCUCGGUUCUUCAUCAAUAAGAGCAAAUCCAGCGCUGCAAUCAGAUUUGACCCCCCAGUUUCCGGUCGUUAUGUCCUGGUAAAACUUUGGGCUCAAUGUCCCAGUGCAAAUAUUGAUGUGCAGGCUAUCCUGGCACACGGUUAUGGUGGACCUCGGUUCUUUCCAAGCAUAGAACCGAGAUGAUUGACGAAGGUCUACGAAUUUACGAAUGCUUGCUUUGCAGAUCAAUCGAAGCUGAAAGGGAGGGAGCGCUGCAUCUAUGUUCACCAGACCUUUAUGAAGGGUUCGUAAUCGGCCUUCAUCUUGUCUCAGCGCUGCAUCACUUCGCGCGGGAUCAAGGCUUAACAUAGGUGAGGCCUUUGGAUCAGAUCAGCUUCACAAAUUGACAUAAUAUAUUGUUGGAAAUGUCAACGAA